GCGUGUAUCCUUCCGCAGAGCCGGUGUGCCUCCGCCGCAGCGCGCGCAUCUGACGGCCCGCUCCAAGCCGAGAUCUCACAUCAUUUGCUUAGAGUUUCCUGUGACAAAUCUGUUUAUUUUUAAUCGAAUUUUUAGUUUUAUUUGUCGUGUCCAGUGUGUCUUGAGCGGCGCUGUUUGUGUUUUAUUCGGCUAGUCAUGGCUGACAUCGACAAACUCAACAUAGACAGCAUCAUCCAGCGCCUGCUCGAGGUGAGAGGCUCGAAGCCCGGCAAGAAUGUUCAGCUGCAGGAGAACGAGAUCCGUGGAUUGUGUCUGAAAUCCCGCGAGAUCUUCCUCAGCCAGCCCAUCCUCCUGGAGCUGGAAGCGCCGCUGAAGAUCUGCGGCGAUAUCCACGGACAGUACUACGACCUGCUCAGACUCUUCGAGUACGGAGGAUACCCCCCGGAGAGCAACUACCUGUUCCUGGGAGACUAUGUGGACCGAGGGAAGCAAUCUUUGGAGACCAUCUGUCUCCUGCUGGCCUACAAGAUCAAAUACCCGGAGAACUUCUUCCUGUUGAGGGGAAACCACGAGUGUGCCUCCAUCAACCGCAUCUACGGCUUCUACGAUGAGUGCAGGAGACGCUACAACAUCAAGCUCUGGAAGACGUUCACAGACUGUUUCAACUGUCUGCCCAUAGCUGCCAUCGUGGAUGAGAAGAUCUUCUGCUGUCAUGGAGGUUUGUCUCCUGAUCUGCAGUCCAUGGAGCAGAUCAGAAGGAUCAUGAGACCCACAGAUGUCCCGGACCAGGGCCUCCUGUGUGACCUGCUGUGGUCCGACCCAGACAAGGACGUGCUGGGAUGGGGCGAGAACGACAGAGGCGUGUCCUUCACCUUCGGAGCGGAAGUGGUGGCCAAGUUCCUUCACAAACACGACCUGGAUCUGAUCUGCAGGGCUCACCAGGUGGUGGAGGACGGAUACGAGUUCUUCGCCAAGCGGCAGCUGGUGACUCUGUUCUCUGCACCGAACUACUGCGGAGAGUUUGACAACGCCGGAGCCAUGAUGAGCGUCGACGAGACCCUGAUGUGCUCCUUCCAGAUUUUGAAGCCGGCAGAGAAGAAGAAGCCAAACUCCAGUCGUCCAGUGACUCCGCCCAGGAACGUGGUCACCAAACAGGCCAAGAAGUGAGGCUCGCUCGGACCAGCCGGACUUGUUUGAUACGCUCGGAUCAGGACGAACCGUCCACUGCGUCUUUAUCUCCGUUCUUUACCUUGUGUUCGCUCACAUAUUACACAAACAGCUCUUUACUCCCACUUCAGGACGACGAGUCAGAUAGACUCCUCACAUAGAAACCCAGGAGGAGCACCAGGUCAGGGAUUUUAACUCGACACGUUUAAGAUGAUUUGUGCUCCCGAUCGCCCCACUGUGAACAGACCAGUCUGUUUUUACGCACCUGAAGCUUUUUUUGUAUUUCGGUCUCAUGAAUGUGCCACGAGGUUUGACACUCAGUCCGCUUUUAUCAUUUUUAUUUUCAUGAUGGAUGUUGUGCGAGUGUGUGUGUCUUUGUCUUCUUCUUGGGUUCUGGCAUGGGCUCAGACGGACUUUUCUGUUGCAUGCGUUCGUGUUCGAGGGAAAGGACACGAGGCUUUCUCUCGGGGCAUGUCUUCAGAAUAAUGUAGCUCCUCAUCAGGUAAAUCACGUCAGGAAAACCUUUUCUUGCAGAUUUCUACAGUAUUUCAUAUAAACUCUCUGUGUAACCCAAACUCUCACUGUAAAUAUACAGGAAAUGUUUUCUUCAGUCUUGGCAAUAAUUCACAGUUUUCCACACUAUAAAUAAUUGUUAUACUUGCAGAAUAAAACGAAGGGAGAUGGAAACAUUA